AUGGAUAUUGAUGCUAGUCUGGAUUCCCAAAAUGGAAGUACAGGCAGACACUCUCGGAACUCCAGUCGGCAGGAAGUGAUUUCAGCUACAGAGGCUCCUCGGAUAAGCCAGGACUCAGGCGUCUCGUCGCGCCGCUCUCAGGACCUCGUUUCGCAGACCGAAGUUGCUAAUGCUGAGGAGGCUGCCUCUACAGAUGCAUCUAAUGUGACACAUGAUAUUGCACAAAAGGCCAGCGCAUCGUCUCCCGAGCCCGAUCAAACUCCCGCGCCGACGAUUUCCCUGCCAACGACAGAUACUCCUACGGACAGCCCUCGAACUUCCAGCGACCAAGAUAGAUCUAUUGCGCAGUUACAGGCGGAUCAUAGAGCUGCAGAGUCUCAGUGGCAGGAGGAAAUGUACGGAUACAUCGAACGGAUCGAUGCGCUGCAGUCCAAAUUAAAGUAUCUGGCCAAGGAAGCCGCGGAAUCUGCUAAGAAGGCAGCGGCCACAGCUGAGCCAGGGAGCGUCGAAAAGCAGCUCCGAGAAAAGGACGAGAAGAUCGCUCUGCUGCUCGAGGAAGGACAGAAGCUCUCCAAGUCGGAAAUGGACCACAGAACCGCGAUCAAGAAACUGAGGCAGCAAUUGGCAGAGAACGCAAAGAUCCAGACUGAGUCAAAGAAGAAGACUGAAAAACUGGAACGGGAUCUUGCCAACGCAGAAACUAGAGCCAAACGGGCUGAGGCGGCUGAGAAGAGAGCAAAUGACUCGCUGUCUGCGCAAACGAAGGUGUCCCGGGACCUGGAAGCCACGACAGCGGAGCGUAACGCACUCAGCCAAACCGUACAGGAAUUGAAGGGACAACUCGCACGAGCUGUGUCUAGGGCAGAGGCCGCAGAGGCCAAGGCUCAAUCUGAGGCCCUCGAGCAGGAGAAACGCCGCGCUACCCAGUUGGAGGAGGAUCUAGCAAGCGCCAAGAUCGAGCGUGAAAUCAGUGAAGAAAAGUUGAACAGAGAGAUCAGCGAUCUGAAGGGAACUAUUGAGCAGGAGAAGGAGCGAGCGCGUUUGUUGGAGAUCGAGCUAAAAGGGGAACAGUCGGCGCUGGAAAGUAAGAUGGAGUCCUUGCGGUCUCGGGCAGAAGAGGCGUCUUCUGGUGUUACAGGUGAUGCGCAAGCCAAACUCCUGCGUCAGAUCGAAACGCUCCAAACACAAUAUGCUGUCGCCAGCGAGAAUUGGCAGACCUUGGAGGGCUCAUUACUGGCACGGUUGGCCAACGUCGAGAAGGAGCGCGAUGAGGUUGCACGACGGGAGGGCGAGAUGCGACGGAAGAUCCGCGAAGUGAACCUUAAAGCGAAAAGACUUGAAGAAGACCUGGAGAGUGCUAAGGAGGCCGAGCAUGACCUCGAAGGAAAGCUCGAAGAGCGCAUGCAAGAACUACAAAAGGCAGAGCAGAAGCUCAAGAAAUCGGCGGAUGACUUGGCCCUGGCUCAAAAGGAUCUCGUCGAACAAAAGAAGGUACUCGAUGCCACAUGGUCGCAGAAACUGGAGGAGGAGCGAACCAAAUGGCGCGAGCAGACCAUUUCGCCCCCUGCCUUGCUCCAGCAGCCACGGACGCAGUCCCCCGUUGCCUACAGCCGAAGACCAAGUGCUCUCGAGCCUGUCUCACUAGACUUCCGGCCCACGAGCCGUCGGUCCUCGACGUUACCAACUUCGCCAGAAGUUGGCACUCCCAUCCGUCAAAACUCUUUCCCCAACUCGACCCUGAUGCUCUCUCCACCGCAAACCAAUGGCUCCUCUCACCACGCUGUUCCGGAAACACCAUCGAUCACUUUCGAGCCUGACGAGUACUUCAGCCGCUCCGGUACCCCUUCUGCCUAUGGCGGAGCACCGACACAGCAUUCACGCGGCAUCAACGACAUCAUCUCCGAGUCGACUGUAGGAGCGGGACCUUCCGUCCAGCUGGUUGAGCGCAUGAGCGCCACGGUCCGUCGCCUUGAGAGCGAACGCGCAGCAUCGAAGGACGAACUCGCCCGAAUCACCACACAACGAGAUGAAGCGCGCCAGCAGAUUGUCGAUUUGAUGCGCGAGGCGGAAGAGAAGCGAUCCUCCGACGCCCGCGUGCAAGAACUUGAAAAGCGGCUAGAGGAUCUUGACCAGAGAUACCAGACGACGCUUGAAAUGCUUGGCGAGAAGAGCGAACAGGUGGAAGAGCUUCAGGCCGAUAUUGCGGAUCUCAAGAAGAUCUAUCGGGAAUUGGUUGACAGUACCAUGAGAUGA